GUUUAAGAUAGUUACUGCCAACUGACGUAAACCACCAAAGAAGAAGAAGAUAGUUACUGUUGUUAGGAUUUUCCCUCAGGUUUUGCUGAACUCGCACACCAGAAACAGCAAUGGCAAGUCACAUCAAGAGCGAUGCAUCUGGAAAUGUGGUGAAGGACAGCGCUGUAGCAGGACAGGCAGUUGGAGAGAACAUUACUGAGACUGAUGCCUUCAAUGAAAGUUUAUUUUCUCUGGAUCCUAAUGAGGAGUAUAAGAUGAACCACAAAAGGCGAGGAACGGUUCUGAUCUUCAAUCAUGAACGUUUCCACUGGCAACUCAGGAUGCACGACCGCUCUGGCACGAAUGCAGACAGACACAACCUCAUCCGAAGAUUUCAGGAGAUGGAUUUUGAAGUGAAGGCUUGUGAUGAUUACAAGCGGGAUGAAGUUAUGAGCACAAUCACAGAAGUUGCUGCUGCUAAUCACGUGGAUGCAGACUGUUUUGUAUGCAUCUUUUUAAGUCAUGGGGAAAAUGGCCAAAUCUAUGCCUAUGAUGGGGUCAUUGAUAUUCAAGACGUCACUGCUCUUUUCAAGGGGGAUAAGUGCCGUAGCCUUGUAGGAAAACCCAAAAUCUUCAUCUUGCAGGCUUGCCGUGGUGACAAACAUGAUGAACCUGUGGUACCAAUGGAUGUGGUGGACCGUCAUAUGAUCAAUGACGUGGUAGUGGAUGCUGGGGUUCUCUACACUCUUCCAGCAGGGGCAGAUUUCCUUAUGUGCUACUCAGUGGCUGAAGGAUACUUCUCUCACCGUGAGACCAUAAAUGGUUCGUGGUACAUCCAGGAUUUGUGUGAAAUCCUAAAACGUUAUGGUUCCACAUUGGAAUUUACUGAGCUCCUGACACUUGUUAACAGAAAAGUUUCCUACACGCAGAGUGGGCAACGCCACUGAUCUCAA